GCCAGGCUGACAGAAAGCCACACUGGGCGAAAGGUCCGCAGAAUAGUAGCAAUGAAUCCAGGGAACCAGGCACCGCUGGAAACACUAUGGACAUUCCGUUCUAUCCUCCAUCUUAUAACGGCGAGCUUCUGCACUCGUUCGGACAGGGCAAACGCGCAAGACAGCGCUUUACAGAAAUUAGGGGGUCCUCACUACCUGGCCUCCGCAUCAAACAAGGCGAUCUGAUUCCCGAGGAGGGCUGCGAGUUGGUAUGCAUCCUUAAGCCGCUCAUGCGCAUGACCAAACGCGGCGGUAUGUCAUCAAGUGGCCCCAGCAAGCAGAAAUACCAUCGCGCCAACGAGGUUGCGGUCAAAUUGGGGGUAAACUGGUAUUAUUUGGGGAGAUACAGAUGCGCCAAAGAAGACAACCUCGACGCCUCGGGAUACCAUGCGCUCUCUAGCGGGGCCAAGCAAGCGCUCGUGCAGUCGUGUGGCCCCAAGAAGCAUCACACGACCAUCGAGGCUAAGCUUUGGAGCGGCGAUAUUGCUGUCAGGCGCUAUCAUCUCCGCCGUGAGGGUUUUAACGAGGAUUUAUAUCGACGCUUGCUCGAUGCUGCCGCUGGCGGCAAGCUGGACGUCGCUGAUGGCGGUGCGGAGCUUGGGUCUGACGGAGCAGACGAAUCUGGAGAUGCUGAUGAGUAGUGCAAGAAGUUCGUGGUUAGGUUCUUGUGACGGAGAGCGCGACAGCCCGUACAUGUCUAUUUUCAAUACGUAUAUUCGUCUUCGUGGG